UCUCAAUCAAUUCUUUGCGGUUUUGGUAAAACCCAUCAAAAAUCAUCACUUAAGUCAUGAGAUGCAUAAAAAUACUAUUUGUUUGCCAGGGCAAUACUUGUCGUUCGCCAAUGGCGGAGACUAUUAUGAAAUCUUAUUGCCGAGAAUUAGAACUUUCUUGGAUAAUUGAUAGUGCAGCAUUACGAUCGUGGAACGUUGGUCGGUGUCCGGACGAAAGAUGCUUAAAAAUCUUUGAAGAAAAUCAUUUAUCAACGGAACAUUACGCUCGCAUGCUCAACUGGGAAGAUUUUCAGACUUUCGAUUAUAUUAUCUGCAUGGACGAGAGCAAUGUUAAUGAAUUGAAGGCCAUGUCUCAAAUGGUCGGUGAAACAUGUAAAGCGCAAGUACAACACUUGGCCCUAUACUUAUUUGAUAAGGAUGAAAAGAUGAUUAAAGAUCCUUUCUGCACUUUCGGCCUUACCGGUUUUCGUCGAACUUUCGAUCAAAUUUCUUGCUGUUGCCGCAGACUUUUAAUAGUGAUUCAUUAUUGCGAACAUCAUGCAUUCCGUUUAGUUUGGAAUAGCAUUUGCAAAUAUCUCUCUCUCCCUACCUUCCUCAACCCAAAGCCGGAAACGAAGAGCACUGAUCUAUAG